AUGCAGAGACUGCAUUCCAAACACUCACGUAGAACUAGAAACCACCCUUUUCGGAAAGACUGUGAAGGAACUCUAAUUUUGGAGCCGUAUGCAACCUCAACCUUUGGCAGUUUUAAUGUUACAGCUGUAUCUGUACAAAAGUCAACGCCAUCUAUGCUUGGAAGCACUCAACACGUUCGUGACUGCGUCAAUAAAAUAUCUGUGACUGUAACACAGGCUGGACCAAGCACCACUGUCACUGUCCAGAAACAUUGCUUCGGCGGAUCGUGGUUGACAUUGAAAUACGCAGCAGUGGCAGCGAAAUAUUCGCUAGUCCACCCGGUGCUGGAAGUACUGCUACGGUUCACUCGAAAUUUCUCACAGCAAAGUGCCAAUUUCGUUGACGAUGAAAACUGCACUGAAGGCGCGGCAAUUACCGCACAAUGCGGAACCAAAGACCACACAAAAGUUACCGUAGGUCGUGGUCAUCAUUCAGUCUCCAUGGAAUGUGGUCCUACAAAUCCGCAAGCCGAAGCCAAGCUCAGUUAUGACUACGCAACUGUCACCCAAAACUGCGCUGUCGAGUGCUGA